AUGGCUGUACCCGACGUUGCCAACCUCCAAGCCCGAUACGCGCAGGAACGCGACAAGCGACUGCGAGCCGAUGGUUUCCAGCAGUACACGACUCUACACAGCGAAGCAGAAGCCCCGCUCGCAGAUGACCCAUGGGUUGACAAAGGGCAGCAACAGGACGCGGGUCCACUCAAGGACGGCGACAACAUCCAGUUCCUCAUCAUCGGUGCCGGCCACGCAGGUCUGCUAGCUGCAGGACGAUUGGUAGAAGCGGGCUUCUCGGCGAAGGGCAUCUACCUGGUAGACGUCGCGGGGGGCUUUGGUGGGACAUGGUACUGGAACCGAUACCCAGGUUUACAAUGCGAUGUAGAGAGCUACAUCUACAUGCCUUUCCUCGAGGAAACAGGCUACAAGCCUAAACACAAGUACGCGUCAGGCGACGAGAUCCGUCAACACUGCGAACGUGUGGCAUCGCACUUUGGACUGCGUGGGCAGUUCUCAACACGGGUGCUCGGCGCGACUUGGGACGAAACGAAGCGGCGCUGGGUGGUCCGCAUGCGUAGGGAGCACGGCAAUGGCGAGGAGAUGACCAUCUUGACGCAGUUUGUCGUUCCAGCUAGUACCAUAUUUACGGAACCCAGGAUGCCUAAGCUCGACGGCUUCGAAGAGUUGCGCGCCAACAUUCCCGUCUUCCACACCGCGCGAUGGGACUUCAGCUGCACUGGUGGCUCGCCGACGGACCCUACACUUUCGAAACUUCAAGGCAAGCGUGUCGGCGUUAUUGGCACGGGUGCGACGGCGGUGCAGGUAAUACCACAGGUAGCGAAAUGGGCCGGUCACACGUAUGCCUUCCAGCGCACACCAUCGUACUGCGUACCCCGUCGCCAACAGACCACCGACGAGAGCACAUGGGCACAAAACGUGGCAACGGGACCUGGCUGGCAACGCGCUCGCCGGCUCAACUUCGACACCUUCUUCGAUGGUGAGAAGCAUUCAGAGAACCACCCAGACCUUGUCGCCGACGGCUGGACACAGUAUGCGCGCGGUUUUGCUGGCUUCAUUGGAGGGCCACGGUUCGUCACGCCUCAGAAUGUAGAAGAGCACGCACGCUCGCUCUACGAGAUGGAUGUGCCACUGGCAGAACAGGCACGAGAGCAUGUGCGAAACAGCGUCACGAAGGACCAAGCCACGGCAGAGCGGCUACAGCCGUGGUAUCCCAUGUGGUGCAAACGACCAACCUUCCAGGAUGGGUACUUUGCCGCGUUCAACCAGCCCAACGUCACGCUUGUAGACACAGAUGGUAAAGGCGUGGAGCGGUGCACACCACGAGGCCUCGUCGCCAAUGGAGUCGAGUAUGAGCUGGACGUGCUCAUUCUUGCCACAGGAUUCCUGCUGGCGACGGGUGCGAACGCAGCCCCUGCCGAACUCUUCGGCAUACCCAUUGUAGGCCGUAACGGCCGCCGUCUCAAAGACAAAUAUGGCUCUGCCGACUUUGCGACGAUACACGGCAUCGCUACAAACGGCUUCCCCAAUUUGCUGUAUCCCGGUCUCGGUGGUGGGCCAGGCUCGCCCAACCUCACCGCGGUCUUCGACCUCGAGUCCACACAUAUCGCCAGUAUAUUGAAGGAGGCUGCGCGAAAGGCUUCGGAUCCUACUCAGAUGGUCAUCGAGCCAACUAAGCAGGCAGAGGAUGCGUGGACGGACGACGUUGAGAGGCGGGCGCUGUGGUACUCUGUCGUGCUAGCCUGUACGCCGGGCUACUUCAAUCAUGAAGGCGCCACGAUGCGCAUGGCUGGUGGCGACCCCGAGCAUCGGCGGCAGGCGAUGCGGAGGGUGCUUCAUGGAGGAGGGAUGGCCAUGUACGAGCAGAUGAUCCGCGAAUACGAUGCGAAGGGCGACAUUGAGGGCUUCGAGGUAUCGUGA